UCUUCAUCUUUGUCACGGUUUAAACCAGCAAAAGAAAGCGGAACUUAAUAAAAUAAGUAGUCUCGGCCUUUUGAAUCUCUCGUUUUCAAAGCUAUGGACGCGAGGGUCAAGCAAGAGCUUCUCGAAGCUUCGUUUAUUCCAACGCCGAAGCGAACCAGCGUCGGUUGUAAGUUGCCCCCGGAUUCGGUAAUUUGCCUGAGCACGAGUAGCGACAGCAGCAGCAGCAGCGACUCCGACUCCGACGAUUCGGCGGAUGGAGGCGGCGGCGCUUCGGGGGGUUUGGCGAAGAAGAGGAAGUUGGACGGGAUGGGAGUUGGAUUUCCGGUUGGGUUUUUGAGCCCUCUGCCGCCGGAGGAAGUGGAGCGGCUGCUUCCCGGGCCGGAGGCGGCGGUUGCGCGGAGGGAAGAGGGCAGGGUUGUCAGUCGGUCGAACUGUAAGCAGUUUUGGAAGGCUGGGGAUUAUGAAGGAGCACCUUGUGCCAAUUGGGAUUCUUCUGCCGGUGGGAUAGACCAUGUCCGGGUUCACCCGAAGUUUCUGCAUUCGAAUGCUACGAGCCAUAAGUGGGCUCUUGGAGCUUUCGCGGAGCUCUUGGACAAUGCAUUGGACGAGGUGUGCAGUGGUGCUACAUAUGUUAAUGUAGAUAUGCUAGAAAAUAAGAAAGACAGAAGCAGAAUGUUGCUAAUUGAAGAUAAUGGUGGUGGGAUGGAUCCAGAUAAGAUGCGACAUUGCAUGUCAUUGGGGUAUUCUGCGAAAAGCAAACUUGCAAACACUAUUGGACAAUACGGAAAUGGCUUUAAGACAAGUACCAUGAGGCUUGGAGCAGAUGUAAUUGUGUUCUCUCGUUCUAGUGGAAAAGAUGGAAAAAGUGCUACACAGAGCAUUGGAUUGCUGUCUUACACAUUUUUGACAAGCACGGGAAAGGAAGAUAUUGUAGUUCCCAUGCUUGAUUAUGAGAGAGGACAAGGGACUUGGAGCAAGAUGUUAAGAUCCUCUUCAAGUGAUUGGGAUAAGAAUUUGGAAACAAUAGUUCAAUGGGCACCAUUUUUUGACGAAGAAGACCUGCAUCAUCAGUUCUAUAUGAUGAAAAACCAUGGAACCCGAAUAAUCAUCUACAACCUUUGGGAGGAUGAUGAAGGACAGCUGGAGCUUGAUUUUGAAGCUGAUCCACAUGAUAUUCAAAUUAGAGGUGUUAAUCGAGACGAGAAGAGUAUACGAAUGGCAAAGGACUACCCCAAUUCUCGUUUUUUCUUGACCUACCAGCACUCAUUGAGGAGCUAUGUAUCAAUUCUCUAUUUGCGGCUUCCUCAUAACUUCCGAAUUAUUCUUCGUGGGAAGGAUGUUGAGCACCACAACAUAGUCAAUGAUAUGAUGUUGUCUCAGCAAGUCACAUAUCGGCCACAGCCUGGUCUUGAUGGGGUUCCAAAGGAAUUAAAUGUAACACUUCAUGAUGAACUUUUACUUUUAAUAAUUUUGCGUAAUUUUGUUGUCUUUCUAAUGACAUGCAACUCUUGUCAUCAGAUGGUUGCUGUUGUCACCAUUGGUUUUGUGAAGGAUGCAAAACAUCAUAUUGAUGUUCAAGGGUUUAAUGUAUAUCACAAGAAUCGACUGAUUAAGCCAUUUUGGAGGCUUUGGAAUGCUGCCGGAAGUGACGGCCGUGGUGUUAUAGGUCUUUUAGAAGCUAAUUUUGUUGAACCAGCUCAUGAUAAGCAGGGGUUUGAGCGUACAACAGUUCUUCAAAGACUCGAGGGAAAAUUAAUAGCUAUGCAAAAGACUUACUGGAGAAACAAUUGUCAUAGAAUCGGCUAUGCUCCACGAAAUAAGAAUGCAUCAGCAGAUAAAGAGGGUUCUCCCUAUGAAACAAAUGGUAAAACAUCAGGCAGCAAGAAACCAGUUAAAGGUUCCGGCAAGCUCCAUUCCAGAACUUCAAAAGAUAUUCCUACUUAUCAUGGGCAUGUGAAUGUACAUAUGUCUGAUAAAGCCACAAAUAGGGUGCAUUCCCCCUCAAAAUCAGGGGAAGGAUCAUCAAGUUCUUCUGAACCAUCAUCACCUUCGGCAGUCAAUGUUACUGAUAAACAAGUGAAUGGCAGUAGUAGUAAGGCAUUUUCUGCUAAGAAAGAGUCUGGAAAAGGUGGCCCAGUGACUCGGUUAUCUUCAUGUAUGGACGGUACUCAGCAAGAUUAUUCACCGCGUGCAGGAACCAGUUUACCCACCCGAAGUUCCAAGUCAAGGGGGAAUGAUGUCAAUGUUGAUUUAGGCGUUUUGGAGCAAUUGAGAAAAGAAAAUCGUGAACUGAAAGGAAGGUUGGAUGCAGAAAAGGACAGAGGAGCUUCUGCUGAUUUGGAGCAGGAAUUGCAGCGUGAAAAGGAUAGGUCCAAAUCACUUGAAACCGAGCUCCAAACGGCACGAGAAAAAAUUGAGGAAAUGAACAAAGAACAAGACACUCUAAUUGGCAUAUUCUCCGAGGAAAGGGAGCGACGAGACAAUGAAGAGGCCACUUUGAGAAAGAAGCUGGAGGAUGCAUCCAGUACCAUUCAGUUAUUGCUUGACAAGGUAAGGAAACUGGAAGCAACGAAGUCCGGGAACCUCAAAUCCAAUAGAUAGCGCACUCUUGCCAUUGUAUUCAGUAGUGAUCUUUAGGAGUUGGCGGAAUGUAGCUGACCUGAAUUUCAGAAGUAGUCUAACGUAGAUCGGAAGUCAUUCAUCGGAUGGUUGGGGGACUCGCCCGCCGCCUUUCUUGCUAGUUAUGCGAUGUAAAUUGAUGUAAUGUGAAAAGGAGAGAAAACAGGGUGAUGAUAUGAAGUAUGAGCUUCAGUGUGUGCUGGGUUUCAAAGUUGUUCUAGCUAUUGUACUGUUACAUGGGUCUUUGCAUCCUCCGAUUAGGUCAAGUUCCUUGAAUAACGAAGUAUUUUACUCUC